GCAGCUGAAAAGAACAGACCCCAUGACAAUUUGACUUAACGUAAAUCGUGAAUGUCGUUUUAUGAAACGUUAAAGUUUCACGUGUCUUACCUGUUUAAAAUUAUUAAAAUAUUGAUUAGUGAUCUUUGCACUUCUCUCGAAUAUAGACCUGUUACAACUCCUUUAUUGUUGUGAUAAUAAUGACAUAUUUGAGUUCAUGGGAAGAAUUCGAAAAAGGCGCAGAGAGGUUAUAUCUACAAGAUCCGAUAAACACUCGGUAUACAAUGAAAUAUUGUCACAAUAAAGGAGUUUUAUGUCUAAAGUUAACAGACAACCGACGGUGCCUUCAAUAUAAAACAGAAAUAGCUCAAGACUUAAAAAAAAUGGAAAAGUUUAUAGGCAAUCUCAUGAGACAUAUGGCAUCGAAAGAUAGUUAAAUAAGCAAGACUUGUGUACAGAAAUGUGUUUAUCAUUGAGUGUUUAUCAAAACAUAUUUUUAUUUAACAAAGUUCUUCUCUCAUCUCAUAAGAUUUAACAACUGUCCAACAGCGGUCCAUGUUAAAUUUGUUUAAGGUAUGAAAACUUUCUUAAAUAUACAACAUAUGAUAAAUGUAAAACUACUUUAUUUCAUAUUAAAGUUUUGUGAUUAUAU